GGACUUUCAUCAGCACCGAGGAGCAUAAGAGGCAGUGUCCGGGCGGCACGCGAGUAGCUUCAAUUGAAGCGCGGUUGCGGAGUAGCUUCAAUAACAAAACCUGUGCGCUCUUGCAACGCACAUUCUUGUGAAAGGCGGCACAAGGCGCAAACAGAGCACGACAUCAACCGGGCUGAAAAGAGCCAAGUCGCGACCGGACGGUCCGGGCGCACCGGCGAGCGGCUCAAUUACUGUACAUAGCGAGCCGCCGCGAUGCUCAAGGUCGCCCUGUCGACGAGCUCGUCGGGCUCGUCGGGCGAGGACGACAACGCCGACGAGCAGCCGCGCUGCCCCGCGCCGCGCUGGCGCCUCGACCCCGGCGACGCCGGCGGCCUCGAGGCGUCCGCGGACUUGGUGCUGGCGGCGCUCGCCCGGGGCCAGAAGUCCACUGAUAGUGGCGCGGCCGCCGCGGCGCGCUGGACCGUCGCCGAGGUCUGGGCGCCCGCCGGCCUCGACCCGCUCGUGGCGCGCGUGACGCCGCCGGCCUCGCCGCUACCGCCACCCGCGGCCUCAUUAAACUUCGCGGCGCCGCCGCCGCCGCGGCGCCCCCGCGCGCCCUUGGAACUGGUCGUCUGCCGCGCGCGCGACGCCAGGAGGUGCGUGCGCCACAUGCGCCGCGAUUUACAUUGUUGCGCCGGCUGCGUCGACGACCCGCUCGCGGCCUACGUCCGCAAAACUUUUGCGGCACCCGUCCGCGACCGGGACGCGGUCCAGGUCGCGGCCUUCGCUUCUGGUAAAACCCUGGCGCGCGCCGAGCACAACUGGGCCGCGCGCGCGGCGUCGCGGCCCCGCGCGGCGCCGGCGACGCCGCCUUCUGCGCCGCCCUCUGACGGCCGCGUGUCGCCGCCGCGGCGCGUCCCGGGCACGCCGCCCGUGCCGACGCGGCCGCCGCGGCCCCCGCAGCCCGCGCGGACCCUGGAAAAGCGCGGCGCCGCGGCCUUCGCCGCGCGCCUCCGCUGGGCCUGCGCGCUCCCCCUCCUCAACGGCCGCGGCGACGCGUGCGGCGUCCUCGUCCUCCGUUUUGUUGGUGAGGACGCGCCGACCUCAACCACAACCGCGCGGCGCGCCGUCGAGCACCUCGUCGCCGCGGCCGCCGCCGCCGCGGACCCCCCCUUGUUCAGCCGCGUCGUCUCCGUCUCCGACGGGUUCGACGAGUCUGCCGAUGACGCCGACGGCAUCAUCAUCUCCGACACCGCCCACGAGACGCGCCCCCUCUGGGAGGCACUCUCCGGGCUCUAACAUAUCCCGUCGACGGGAUAUGCUAGCCGACCGAAAAAGACCCCG